AUGUAUCUAUCUAUCUAUCUCAGGCCUUUUAAUAUCUAUCUGUCUAUCUAUCUAUCUGAUUCUUUAAUAUUCAUCUAUCUAUCUAUCUAUCUAUGUAUCUAUCUAUCUAUCUAUCUCAUCCUUUUAAAUAUAUCUGUCUAUCUAUCUGUGUCAGUCCUUUUAAUAUCUAUCUCUCUGUCUCCUUUUAAUAUCUAUCUGUCUAUGGAUCUAUCUAUUCCUUUUAAUAUCUAUCUAUCUAUCUAUCUAUCUAUCUAUUUGAACCUUUUAAUUUAUCUAUCUAUCUAUCUAUCUAUCUAUCUAUCUAUCUAUCUAUCUAUCUAUCUCGGUCCUUUUAAUAACUAUUUGUCUAUCUAUCUAUCUGUCUAUCGCAGUCCUUUUAAUAUCUAUCUAUCUAUCUAUCUAUCUAUCUAUCUAUCUAUCUAUCUAUCUAUCUAUAUCUAUUUAUCUAUCUAUCUAUCUAUCUAUCUAUCUAUCUAUCUGAGUCCUUUUAAUAUCUGUCUAUCUAACUAUCUAUCAUUCUAUCUAAGUCCAUUUAAUAUCUAUAUAUCUAUGUAUCUGAGUCCUUUUAAUAUCUAUCUAUUUAUCUAUCUAUCUGAGAUCUUUUAA